CAACAGCAACAGCAACAGCAACAGCAACAGCAACAGCAACAGCAACAGCAACAGCAACAGCAACAGCAACAGCAACAACGACACCAAGAUCAUUUACACCGUCCGCCACGGCAACACGCCGCACAACGACGACUCCAACGCCUGGGGCCGCCCCGUCGCCUGGCGGUACCUAUCCCAGCUGCGCAAGAACUUCGACCCGCAUCUCACGCCCGAGGGCGCCCACGAUGCCCGCGCGGCCGGCGAGAUGCUGCUGCAGGAGAUGAUGAUGACGAUGGGCAGCGGCUGCUCCGAGGAGGAGGAGGCUGCCGCCGCGCCGCGGCCCGUGACGGUCUACUCGUCGCCGCUGCGCCGCUGCGUCGAGACGGCCAUGUACAUGAUCAAGCACGCCGGGCUGGACCGGCCGGGUGGUGGUGGUGCUGGCGGGUGCGGCGGGCCCGUGACGCUACGCGUCAAGGAGGGCCUGCGCGAGUGGAUGGGGUAUCGCCACGGGCACCAGUCGGACCGGCGGGGCAGCAGGGAGAGCAUACGGGCGCUGGUCGAGCAGCUCAAGGCGGGCCUGGGCGUGGAGGUCCAGUAUACUCUGGACGUGCCGGAGCAGGACCCGUUCCACGAUGAGGUGUACGUCGACGUGGACCGGCGCGUGCGCGGCGUGCUGGACGACAUUUUCAGCGAUGAGGGGGUUCCCUCGGGGGCUUGCGUCAUGCUCGUGCUGCACAACCGCUGCAACAAGUCGCUGCUGCGCGUGCUGGGCCACGCGCCUGCGAGCGUCGAGGACUUCGAGGUUGCCAACUGUGCCAUGCUCUCGUACCGCGUCUCGAGGCGCCAGCUCGACGGCCAAGAGGUCGGGGCAAGGGUCGCGUACGAGGACGUGCAGUGGCGGGAGGACCAGAAGCAGUCAGAGAGCAACAGGAGGGGGCGGCUCCGGCAUGCUGUCGAGGACGUCAGGGCCUGGAACGAUGAUGAAAGCUCGAAGCACUGGGUGGACGACUUGCGGAAACUCUUGCAAUAUCACGCAGAGCAGAGGAAUGAUCCAGCGGCGAGCGAGGCCCUGGAGAGUUUGGAAAACGAUCUGAUUUUAUUACCAAAUUGA